CUGCUAAUCCUAAACCAGUAAGUAGUUAGGUACAUAUAUUGAAGAGCAUACUGAGAACUCAGGUAGGAAUGUAUCCGCGAACAAGUAGGUAGGUACGGGGUAAGAGGCAUAUCCGCGGUUCCCACCACCUACUAGGAACUCAUUACAUUAAUUUCGCUGCAAGUACGAGUAUAUACCUGUUCGCUAGGUGCAAGCUGUAUAUACCUGUUCGCUAGGUAUGAGAGGUAUCUUCGCUGGUUUAACAAUAAGAUAGGUAGGAACCUAUCACCCAUAAACAUUAUAAUAAAGUUACACGAGUGGGGCCUCCGCAUUCAUGUAAUUUUGAGCAAUACCACAGUUUUAUCGUAAAACUGUUGCAAUAGGUACAUACUUAGUACUAAAAUAAAUGUCGCUGAAAGUUCCGUCUGUCUUCAGCUCGCUGAGCCUUCAACCUCCAGAUAAGAGCUGCGAUAGAUUGCGCUAAUCGUGCGGCGUAAUCGCGACAGCUGAUCGAGUAGCUAAUUAGCUAAGCUUUGUAUACAGACAUGACGUGCUACACUGUGCGCCUGUGCCAAGUUCAUUGUAGCUGCUGAUAGCUAGGCAGCGCGAUAUCUGCGCGCGCGGCGCCGCCUAUCUUAUCGGCAAGGACGAGCGUAAUCUCGCCGGCUCACCUCCCGCAGCCCGCGCUGCAGUCUGCUGCGCCGCGCCGCUGCGCCGGUGCCGCACCUGCUGCUCCGCAGUGGACCCGGCAGCAGCUCGCGUCACUCCCAGUCCUCCUGCCACUCACGAGCUUCGUAGCUUAUCCUCAGAAUCGGGCCAUUAUGAUCUAUUUGAAAUCUUCUAAGGUUUUACUAAGUUAUUAAGCUAAACAGUAGGUGUGCCCGGAGAGGGCAUGUGCGUGAAUGUGCAGUGUCGUAUUGUUUAGGAGGAACAUGUGGACGAGUCUUUCCACAUUGAGAGGCAGACAGUUUGUGCUAUUGUGUUCGGAUAUCAGACGUCAGGGUCUCGUUGAGCUCGGUAUUGUUUUUGUCGAAUGUGAUGUUUGGCAGUUCGCUGGUGUAAAUCCUGAGCCGCGUAAUCCCCGACUCAAAACAAAGCAGCGUGGCGGCUGGCCGGGCUGUUUGUUGUGGCAGCGCCGCGGGGCGCCGCGCUCGCUCACCACUUAGUUUUUUCUCCUCGCGAUACUCAGAAGCGAGAAAAACUGCCCCCGCACAGAUUUACAGCGCCCUUACCGCUAAUGCGAUAAAAUUUAUAGGUUCCCGGGAGACGGUAGUAGCGCGAGCGAUGAUUUGUGGCGCGCGAGCUGCGAGCUGCGACCGACAUGUUUAUAGCGCGCGAGUCGCUUCGCGGAACUAUUGGCGAAGUUCUAAUGCCUGAUGACAGAUAUCAUUAUUAUUGCCUGUGGAUUUAUGGCUUUCAAGGUUUAUUUCAAAAAUAAUCCAUUACGAUUUGCGGUUAAUUAGGUACUAAUUUUUUGUAGUAAGUAGGUAAGUAUAUUAAUAGAUACGUAGCUCCCGAUAAGGUCGUGAAAAAAAUAUUGUUCACUCAAGACAGAGAUCCUGCGAUUACAAACUUGUAGGUAUUCUAAAAUUUUAGGUACUGGCUGUCACCCUCAGGGCCAUCUAUCAUUAGCUAAGUUUAUUUAAAGUGAAGGACCAGAAUUCGUCAGUAUGCAAUCAACCGUGGCCAAAAAGAAUUGUUAUUACCAGUAAUGCUUAGGUAUAGGUGGUACAUUCAUUGCGUCGACGACUCAGCGUCUCCACAGCAGGUCCUGUGGCAGUGUUGGCGGCGAGGCCGUGUUGGCGGCGAGGCCGUGCGGUGUGCGCGGAGUGGCGUAGGUCGCGACGAUAGUGCUAUCGCGCUGCAGCGAUCAGCUGAGCGUCGGCACUGCUGCCGUGUGUGAGCUGCCACUUAGACCUUCUAAGUUCUAGAUAGAGUAAUAAUAAUGUCAAGUAAUAGUACCUAAUGUGUCGCUUCUAUCUUACAACUUACACUGAAUUAGGUAUAGGUGGGUAUCUAGAUCUAGUAGGUACCUACCUACAUCCAUCAUAAAGGAGAAAAGUUGAUCAAUUUUUGAAAGUGCACGUUUUAAUUCGCAGUAGGUAGGUUUAUUAGCCGCAUCGCCCGUGUGUACAAGUUACCCCAUUGCAUUGGCGCGGCGCGGCGGCGGGACAAAUUUUAUGAUUGAUAACCGAUUCUUCAUUUUUUUGGUGUACCUACUUAUCCACACCAUUUUGUUACGUAGGUAGGUAUCUCAUUGUGAAUAACUAAUCAGUCUAUAAAACUAAAUAAAAAGGAACUUAUAGGUACCUAAGUACAUACUUCGACUAUACCUGUCAGUAACUAAGUAUUUAUCUUUCCUGGUCAGAUAUACCCGAGUGCCAAGUGCCUAACUUUUACAAAUAGAUAGUUACCUAUUUCAUUUUUUUUUUUAAUAUUUUUAUAUUCCUAAUUUCCAAAAUUAUUUGAUAGGUAUUAUAAUUAUGAUGUUAGAGCUAUUUUUUUUACUUUUGAAGGCAUUAGUAGGUAGAUAAGUUGGAAGGUAAACAUUUAGUUCAUAUUAAAAUACAAAUUAAUGGAAGAACAAGGGGAGAGUCUUUUCCACCCUCGCUCCUACGACGGGAGCACGGGAGUGUAGGGCUGGAGGUGGCUGGAGGGUGUGCGGGCAUGUGUGCGUGCGGGGGCGGCGCCGGGGUGCGGCGCGGUGGAGGGGCGGGCGGCGUGCGCACGCGCAGCCCACCGCGCGCAGUACACACGCGAGCGCCGCGCGGAGAGGACGCGCGCCGGACGAGUGAGUGACAGUGACAGUAUGUUGCACGACGCGUGGCCGCACUGGCACCACCGCCCGGAGGCCUUCGAGCUGGACGCCUUCAUCGCAGAAGUCAACAACAAUAACGCCAAAGAGGGCGCGGCGGAGAGCGGCGCGGACAGCCCGCCCGCGUACGGCUACGCCCCCGGCGCGUCGCCGCGCUACCAGGAGCUGCGGCCGGCGCACGCGGGCUACGCGCCGCUGGACGAGGCGCUGUUCAAGCCGGCGGGCUCCACGGACGGCUUCCUGCGCCGCAGCCCCGAGCUGAGCCCGUCGCCCGAGCGCCGCGACGACUACCGCGCGCUGCACUACGACGCGUACGCGCCGCCGCCCUACGCGCAGGACCACCACCACCACAUCGCGCACGACGGGAGCGGCGGCGGCGCGGCGGUGUACGCGCGCUGCGCCUACCCGGCGGCGCCCUCGCCGUACUUCGGCAACGGCGUGGAGCUCGCGCAGACGCAGAUCUGGGCCUGCUCGUCCAGCGCGGGCGGCUCGCCUAGCUACGCGCCGGCGGGCGGCGGCGGGAGCGGCGGCGGCGGCGGCGCGCUCGGCGAGGAGUUCGAGGGCAGCGAGGCGGGCGAGGCGGCGGGCGGCGGCGCGCUGCCGGCCUUCAGCGCGCGCUUCGGCGGCCCCUUCGCCGGCGGCGCCGCGCGCCCCGCGCUCUACGCGCCCGCGCUCGCGGCCAACACCUACACGCAGUCCGAAGUAUGGAGCAUAGAAGGAGGGAGAAGGACAAACCUGCCCGCCUCCGCCAGCCUCUCUGCGUUCGAGGCGGAGCUGUUCACGGAGGGGCGCGAGUGCGUGAACUGCGGCGCCAUCCACACGCCGCUGUGGCGGCGCGACGGCACCGGCCACUACCUGUGCAACGCGUGCGGCCUCUACAACAAAAUGAACGGCAUGAACCGGCCGCUGAAGCAGCCGCGGCGGCUGGUACGUCAGCGCCACGCCGCGCACGCGCCGCCCGCGCCCGACCAGAUGGGCGCCAAGCGGCCGGGCGUGCUGUGCAGCAACUGCCAGACGGGCACGACGUCGCUGUGGCGCCGCAACGCGCAGGGCGAGAACGUGUGCAACGCGUGCGGCCUGUACUACAAGCUGCACGGCAUCAACCGCCCGCUCGCCAUGAAGAAGGACGCCAUACAGACAAGAAAGCGAAAACCUAAGAACGCAUCGAAUUUGAAGAAUAAAGUGAACAAUAUCAAAAUGGAAUUGGAGUCCGUGAAGGCGAACACGACGGUGGUGCGCUCGCCGCUCACGUUCGGCUACUACGUGCAGCAGUCGCAGCAGCAGCAGCAGCAGCAGCAGCAGCAGCAGCAACAGCAGCAGCAGCAGCAGCAGCAGCUGUCGGUGAAGCUGGAGGAGCCGCCGCCGGCGCACGCGCACCAGCUGUCGCACAGCCAGCCCUACUACGCGGAGGAGUACCGGCGCGCGGAGCCCGCCGAGCGCCUGGAGCGGCCCACCGUCGUGUCGCUGGGCAGUUGAGCGCGCUCCCGCGCCCCGCCCCCGCCCGCACGGGACACCCACGAGAAUCUCACUUGUGUAAGCCUAGGUAACGCUCGCGGCGCUCGGCCGCGAGCGGCCGCAUAGUCGCUAGUUGACCAAAUACGCCCGCGCGGCGCUACCCCAGGGUAGCCGCACUUUAGGAUAUAUUUUUUACAAUAGUUUGACAGAUUUUAUGAGUACAAGCAUUUAUAAAUAAAUAUUUACGAGUAGUUGGAGGCCGGUCGCGGGCAUCGACGCGCCGCCCCGCAGCAGCGCGCGGCCGGCGAGCUGCCGGCGUGCUGUCUCAAACAAAUGUAUGAAACAAAAAAACAUACGUAGAUACGAUGGCGUCCAUUCUGUUGUCUUUCUUUCAACUAAAUUAAGAGUAUAUGCAUCUUUUUAACUUCUUAAUAUUGCUAAAAAACAGAUGGAAAAUAAAUUUUAAGUUAAAGACUAAGUCACUGCUGCUCUACAAAAAAAUUAGAGGCUCACGACUGGCGCCUAAAUGCACGAGGUUUAACAGUUCUAAAUUUAAUCAGCCUGUCUUUUUCCUAUUACAUUGGUAAGAAAAAGAUGCGAAUACUCUGAAAUUAAGUUGCCGUCAAUAUCAGUACCAAUAACCGCUAAAGUAGUAGACAAUGCUGAUAUACCAGGUCGCCAGUCGCGCAGACGCGCGUGCUUCUGUUACCAAAUAAUUUUAUACUUAGGUAUGUUAAAUACUAUAAGACUGUGCCCUGGCAUUCCACGUGUCGCCUUCCUAUAUAGAUACACCUAGAUAUACAUAUAUAACGUUAGUGCCUACAUCGUAGUUCAUAAAUUAUUACUAUCCGCGGAAGUUGUUCCGUGGAAACAUACAAUUUUGUGUGUUUUGUUAUGUUUUGUCGACUCCAUGACUUCGAAUACAUUCCACGAAUUUAGUUAAAUGUAAGACUAUAUUAGAACAUUAAAUAUAUGAACUAUUUUAUUUCACCCUUUCACAAUAAAAUAAUGAUUGUAAUGAAUCGAUGCGUAGAAACACGCCUUCGACUGUAGAGCGAGGACGUCAGAGCUCGCUCCGCCUCGAGUUCCCGCGUCGCUCCAGACGGGUAGACUGGCCUGUACGCAGAGCUCGCGCGUCGCUUCCGAGCUGUCUCUGGUUUCCAAGCGCAUACAGCUCUGCUCAUACAGGGGCAGUUCGGAGCCGUAGCGACCGAUCGUUUCAAACUUUGAGCGCUUAGUCCGUCUUUCAUUUUCACACAAAAGACCACUCGAGCAAAAUGACGACUGCCCGAAUAGUUAGGUAAUAACGAUGGUUCGCGCAGUUGACCGCGACUGCUCGAGCAGUCCGCGUCCGCGUACAGCUGCCCGCCUGCAGCCGCUCGAAGCCUGCUUCAGUCGGACACCACUACUUGAUAAUGAGCUAGCACUGAGCCCUAACGGCUGUUACUUUCGAAUCAUAACACUUGAUAAUAAUUCUAGUAAGACUGCAGUCUAAGCACGAUCAAUACGCGACAAUACUGUUCGCUUAUCGAAAAAUUAUUGCAAAAAAACGCUAGAAAGAUGUGCCGCAAUGAUUGUGCUUGGGCUGCAGGUAUCACAUUUUACGUUAUAAGAGAAAACGAGCCGAAUCUCUCGAUUCGGCUCGUUUUCUGCCUCCUUUUUGGGAGUCGGCUAAAAAUAUGUUUGUACAAAGUUGCCAUCUGUUGCAUGUCAUCAGAAGCGAUUUUGCAUCUGCAGAUGGCAUAAGUCAAUCCACCAGAUGAUGUUGCACAAGUAUGGAACCUGCGCCUCAGCGCUCGUUAUAUCCAUAAACUAAGUAUGUCUAUCGCUUGCAAAGAACUACCUUGUGUCGAUAUUUGAGACAAUUAGUAUAUCUAUGUUAACAAACUAUGUAAACGCUCUCAUUUACAAUAAUGGAUUUAAUGAUUGAUGAUUUUUUUUAAGUUAAAUUGUCUGUUUGUUAAAAUAUGUCUACCAUAUAGAUCAAUGAAAUAACAUAAACACAAGUACAUAGUCGUAUCGCCGACCAGCAGAUGGGUGCACAUUAAAACUUUUCAGCAAAGAUACGGGCUCAUUUUUUGUAACAAAUCUAACAGAAACAAUAUUUUGUUUAAGCUUUUAAUUUUUUUUAUUAAUUACACAUUCAACUAACCUAGCAUCACCACUAAGUAAUGUUUUUCACGAGGACCUAUACAAAGAAGUGAUAACAACCGGUUUUGUUGAUUAAAAUCCAAGCAGAGGUGAUGCUAGGCGUAGAUCCGGCGCGGUGAAACGACUAGAGUUGCUGGUGUUUAUAGACACUAGAGAGUUUCUGCGUGAGAGGGCGGUCACAAGAGCUUGCAUAAUAUUAUUAAAAUUAAAUAAAGAUUACAUGAAGUACAACAAUCUACCGAUAUGCCGACUGUCUGUCACAUUCGCUCGCCAUGUAGGUGAGACAACAAACGAGGAGAUUUUACAUCUUACCAAUGUUGGCGUCGAAACACUUCAGAGUAAAAGGGAGCUAUUGUAAAGCUCAAGUUCAUCCACACAUACAAACGGAAACCUCGCGAAAUGAAAUUCGGUGGCACUGAGUUAUUAUUAGGUCCAUUUUACUCUGAAUAUAUUUUGUUUUUGGACGCUGGAAUUCUGUUAGCGUUGCGUGUUGGUGAGAUUUAAAAUCUCUUAAGCAUAGGGACCUAAAGACAGUUAAUUGUGAAUGAAGAAGUAAAAUUGCGGUCGGUGUAAUGAUAAAGUUCUAGGCCUGAAUAGUUUUAGUUUAAGACCUGUUCGGGGUUCUUAGUCAUCUUUAUGAUUUCGUAUUCAUAUUUUCAAUGUGUACCACCGACGUCCAACGCCCUGAGGGUAUUGGAGUUGGAUGUCGGUACUGCAGAGGCUACGACGCGCGACGCAAAGAUCUGAUUCAUUAGAUACCUCUCUAUGUUUAAGCCGAAUUAUGGAAUAAGCUCAGUUUUACAAUGUUAUCAAAAUUUAAAUUAUUCACUAAUAAUGUAGUCGGACGUGGAUAGCGAAUACAAAUAAAUAUGAUAUUAUAUAAAGUUAAUUAUAAUAAAAUGAUAGUUAAAUGUCUACAAAUGAAUUAUAAAGUGAAUAUUUUGUAAAGACCGCGUGGUUUCGCGGCGCAGCCUUAGCACGAUCAGUGCGAAGACACUUGUUCGCGGCUUUUCAACUAACGGCCUGCGAACACGAGAGACUAUUGUCCGUAGAGGACAAAAAUUUAGCACUAAGUUACUGCCUCACAUAACGCACACAAUAAACUAACAGUACGGCGCAACACUGUGGUAAAAUAUGAAGACUUUUGUCCUCCGCGGACAAUUAUAGUCCAUCGUCUACGUAGGCUAAAAGCGUUAGGUGAUAAUCGAGCCACGGGAGCGCGUCAUCGCAGUGGUUAUGUUAUGCUUGGACGGAUGAUAGUCAUUGUUGUUGGCGAGGCUGCGCGCGCUCGCGGCCGCAACUGUUAUAUUUUAUGUAAAUAUAAUAUAAGAAAGAAGUACACUUUAAUAAAUGAGCAUAUUAUUAUGAUUA